GGCGUUUCUUGGCCUAGCGAGCGGUAUCCUUCCGCCGGGGUCGUCACCCCUGGGUCCGUGCAAGUAUUUCCCCUCAGGUCAGCGGCGCUGGAGGGGCUGUUUUUACCAACCAAGGGCUGUACAGGCCCCUCCUCGCCGCUGGGGCAAAGACCCCGCUGGGCUAGAGCGUUAAUAUCGACCCGGUCCCUUUAAGAGGGGGCUGGGCUCCCGGUGACCUCUCGGGAUGCCCGCCCCUUCCUGGUUGCCAUAGCCACCUCUUGCCAGCGUCCCAAAAUGGCGUCUCUGCUGCAGGAGAACCUGUUCGAGACCCACGCGCAGGCCCCGGCCCCUAGCAAGGACUUCUACCAGCUGAUCGUCACCCGGACGGAGUCUACAGAUAUAUGCAUGUAUGGACUGAGCCGUCAAUCAAUGAAUCUCAUCUUCUAUGACUCCAUUGGUAAUUUUCAGAUGGUGGAAAAUCUCUCUUAGAAGUGAAUUUCGUGAAGCAAAGCCUGGGGAACUUAAAGAAUCUCAUGAGUACUUCUUGGAUGAUCCAUCUCUUCAGAUUCAAAUUGCUGUAGUGUUUGGUGCCAACAUUCUGGAACAUAUCUUCAAUCUGUGCCGGGGUAACUUUGACUUCCUGGAACGGCUUCCUGACCCAUUGCUCCUGUACAUCAUUUCCUUUCUGGAGCUUGAAGAUAUUGCCAGGCUUUCUCAAGUUUCACACAGAUUUAAAACGAUAUGCAACUCUGACACACUGUGGGAGAAAAUUGUACAGAAUUUGUGUGGUGCAAUUACCGCUGAAAUGAGAGCACUGGCACAGGAAGUGAGUUGGAAGCAGUUCUUCUUCACAAACAAGCUUCAGCUACAGCUUCAGCUCCGAAGAAGGAGGAAGAAACAAGCUGAUUCAAAGAAGGCACUGACUAAAUAAAGCAGCAUGCCUUUUCAUUAUGAGCAAAAGUUCUAAGUGCAGACUUGUACAUUCUAUUAUAAUUGAUUAUUUGUUUCUUUCACUGAAAAAAUUAAUCUGACUUGAGAAUUAAAACAGUAGAUGUAAAACAUAACAUAAGCAAUACAUAAACAACAUAGCCUUUCAUAGACUGGACUUCCGAACAUUUUAUUAAUCAGGCUGUCAGCUACCACCAGUAGUAGUUACAUCUCUCCUGAACUUUUCUUCACUCUGAACUAUAAGAAGUUUAUAUAUCAAGUGGUUACCAUUCAAACAGUCAGCAUUUGACAACAGAUACCAUAAUGUCACCACAUUUAUUUUCUAAGAAAUAAGGAGAAAUGUGGUAUGCCAGUUCUUAUUGAGUAGAAAUGAUUGGUAAAUGCUGGCUAUUUACUGGCCACCAUGGGAAAUGUUAAAAGGUGACCAACAAAUAUCUUGGGUCCAAAAUAUGACAUAUUAAAGUGGUUUUAAAAUUAGUGAACAUCCUCUGUAGUCCAGAUGUCUAAAAUUAAUUUCAAAUAAAUGAGCAAAUCAGCACUCUGUCACUGGGGGAAACAUUGUUAAGAGACCAAGAACUGAAUAGGUAUGUAUAGCAAACCACACUCUUCCUUUUUAGAUAGUUGCUUCAGGUCAUGAUUUGGGACAUACUAGAAGGAUGGGAUAUGGGUGAAAUUUUCACUGCUUCUGCCUAUGCAGGAACUUGUGAUGAUAAUGGAUUAGAGUUGCAGUGAAUCUGGAACUUUUGAUGAGGUAUACAUUCACUUACGUAUAUAUUUACUAUUGGUUCUUUACAUUGUAACAUAUCUAUAAUGUUCCUAUCAGAUAGAACUGACAAAUCCUUUAAGGCUGUGGUCCCCAACACGGUGUCCGCGGGCACCAUGGCGCCUGCGGGGCCAUUUGUGUGCGCCCGCCAAGUGCUCGGGGCUGGCCUGACCCCGGGCACAUGGUGCAUGCAUGGUGCCGGAACCGGCCCAGGCGCAUAGUAAGCGCCGGACCCGGGAGCGCUGCAAAUUGGCCGCUCGCGCCCCGAGCGCACGGCGCUUGGGGGGGGAGUGCCGGCCCCGGGCGCAUGGCGCUUGUGGGGGGUGGGGGGCGCCGGCCCCGGGCGCACGGCAUUUGGAGCGGGCGCCAGGCUCCAGCGCGCGGCGCUUGGGAGGAGCGUUGGCCCCGGGAGCAUGGCGCUUGCGGGGGAGGACCCCGAGCACGCGGCUAUGGGGGGGGGGCCGGCGUGCAUGUGUCCCCGCCCUCUGGCGCCCAACAGGCGAACGGCCAUGCCCCUGGCGCCCGGCAGCCUCUAAAGGUUGGGGACCACUGCUUUUAAGAAAAUAUUUUAGAUAGCUUAGAAUUGCAUCUUAAUUAUUGUUAAUUACAGCUUUAACUUCAGCAAUGCAGAGAUCAAGUAUUAAUAUCCUUAAAUUAUUAAUUAAUACGUUUACCAUUUGUUAUUGAAAAGGUUUAAAUACUGAGCAUUAAUACCAGUGCUUGCAUAUUUUUCAUAUAAUGACCUAAAAGCUGCAUGAUUUACUCAGCUAAACACUCACAACUGUCAGUUAAGAGUCUUCCUAAGUAAGGCCUGCAGGAUUUGGCACUGGGCUAAUGACAUCACAAAAAAUUAAGGCCAACAUGGUUGUACUGGAAUACCUAAAGUUAGUCACCUGAAUUCACUAACAAAAAUGACCUGAUUUAUUUUGUGUUGAACUGAUAUUGUGUGAGUUCAGAGUAUUCACUGUCUCUGAAAAUCAGGUCAUUUUGUUUAGGUGCCUAAAUAUGGAUUAAGGUGUUUAGCUUAGGCACUCAAUUAAGGCCAAAAUGCUCAAAGUGACCUAGUUUGUUUAAAACACAAACCUUUGUUAUACAAAUAGUCCUUAUUGUGUGACUAAGGACUGCUUACUGGGAUUGCGCCUUUGGCUGGUUAUUUGAAAUGUUUUAGUAGAGCCAUGUAUAUUUCAGGUAUAGUGAGUAUAGAUAUAAUUAACAUAAUCCUGACAAAAUGCCACUGACAAUUUAUACAAUAACCUGAGUAUGGCUAUCAGAGUGACUGAAUGCACUGGUAAGUGAUCAACUAAGUGUAAAAGGUACAAAUUACAAUCCAGUAUCAUGAAAGGCAAUUAGACAAGUUUUGAUCUUUAACUUCUCUAAUAUUACAGCAUGGUGUGUUUUUUUUUAUUGAUGAAGCCUUGUGUUGAUAAUUAUCUUCAACAUAAAAUAAGUUGUGAUUCUUUGUUCUUGUGCCAAUUUGCACCAUUUUCCCCCUUCUCCAAAGUCACCAUUCAAAUUGAAAUGGUAUUAAAUACAUAUUCUAUUUAACUUUCUAAUCUUUAUGAAACAUGCCACGUAUGAUAUACUCUUGGAGUUAUAGAUAAAUGUGACCAUGUUCAUGCUAUAAAUCUGUUUACUUGCCAAUAUUUUGCCAGAGGAAUAUUUUACUGUUUUAGAAUGACUUCAGUUAUUCUUUUUAUAUAAUUAUUUACUUUAGAACAAGUGCCAUAUUCUCUUUGGGCCAGAUUCUCAAGUGUUGCAAAUCUGUGUAUCUCCAUUGACUUCAAUGCUGAGGGUCUGCAUUUACUUUUAAAAACUGGGUUAAAUGUCAAGUAUUAAAAAUGCAGUUUGUAAAUCUAUUGUAAAGUGUUAAUUAAGAAAUAAAAA